AUGGCGGGAGUCAAUGAUUAUGUCCAAGGAGCCCCCCAUGGUCCGCCUCCCGACCUUGCCGUGGGAAAUCCCAACGGACGCUCUGCGCCUCUCCAUCAAACAAGCGAGGGAACUCCAGGCAGUCUUCAUCCUUCAUCUCCAGAUGUGAAACUGAAAUCGUCGACUCCAGGCAAAAGCGCACGCCCCCUGCCGGGCGAUGAAUUCGUCUCGUUGACAACUACAGCUGAUUCCUCCACACCAGCUGCCGUGACACCUACUGCGGCUGUCCCGCUCCCCUCUGUCGCCAGUCGAAAAGACCGAAUCUACGCGAGAGAGCCGGAAGGACCCGUCAGCAGUGGAAGACAAGGCGAGGUGAACAAUCCGGGUCGAGAUGCGGCUCCAGGAGUUGCACCUUUAAAUGGAGAGCGUCUAGACGUUGCCUCGGCACAGACGGACCGUCCUAGCGAGUCGCAGACUGAAAGCUCACGCUUCGCGACAAAUUCGUCCAACCAGUUGGUUGCCGUGUCCCCAGCAGACUCGCCAUCCUCGCUUCAGCUAAUUUCUUUCGAGUCUACCGAAGAAGCGUCCUUGUGUGGGGCGCGGGCUCAACACCUUGAUGCUCCACCUGGACAGACAGACCAAGGCGCGAGACGCGUGCCUCUCCACGCCCCGAACAGAAGCGACAGCGCUGUAGAUUCUCAGUUCGGAUCUUCUGAUCAGACUACCGCCAAUCUGCAGCAGCUCGCGGGGUAUUUACGUAAUGGGAACUCUCACGCUCAGAGCGGAGUGAAUGCCGCCCACAUGUGGAGGGGAAACAGUGGAGAGGACGCUAGAACCCCAGGUGACUGCGGACUGGUCGAUUGCGGCUCCUCAGACGCUGAAGCAGAAGCUCAGAAGCUGAUGAAGUCCCUGAUUGCAGAGAGAGAUCUGUACAAGGCAGCGUUUGGCGCGGCAAACGAGGAGUUAGAGGAACUACAGGGUAGUCAUCGCGAGCUUCAGAAGGCUCUCGGAGAGGCGGACCGACGCCUUCUGCAUUCAGAGUUGCUUCUGCAACGCCAGCAGCGACAGAUCGCUGCAACCGAGCAGGGUUCUGAAACGCGUCGGGUGGACAGAGAGGAUGUAGAACAAAUCGGGGGCGAGCCGCCCACGUUGCACACGCUGGAAGGGAGCCACUCCAGUGCAGAAGUGAUCGACUGCCGCGCAAUAUCGCGUUACAGCGGCCAAGGUCGCGGGACGACUCCGGUUUCCUCCUGUUCCAAGUCUCCAUCCACGACGGAGCCGGUGAGCAACCAGAAAAGACCAGAUACACAGGAGGCAAGAUAUCGAGAAGUGGCUCGUAGAAGUAUGAGUAGGAAUGGAGGGAAUCCAUUGUCAAAACCGCACCCAAGGUGCGCAUCGGAGUACGUUCUGUCUCCGGCAGUCCGGUCGUCUAACGACUCUCAGCUAGGAGAGCGCGUUAUCGAUGUCUUUACCUCGCGUAAACCUCGGAGCUCCUUGCUCACUUCGCAACUCCCCCAGGGGGGCGAAUUCGCAUAUUCGGCAGCUGAUGACGUCGCCGAAUUCUCGGGGGGGGCUUCGAGAUACGACGGAAGGCCCAGGAAUCGCGGCAGCAUCCUCUCUUUUACAGAGGGGAGAAUUCGCCGCGACUGCGGAGUCCACAGUUACAGGGGACAAAAAGCUGCACAGUCAGGCGGUGAGGCUGGGGUUGUGAUGGAGGGAUCCCGACACUCAGCGGAGACAGCAACUCGACUCCGUACAGGUCUCGAGAACAACCAUACAGCGUCCGCAGCGAGUAGAGGACCAGAGGACCAGACGAUGUUGUUUGCAGAGGCGGACCGCUACCGGGGAGUCGCAGCGGCGUCGGGUACACGAAGGAGUAACGGGAGAGGUAGGCGCCGGAGUUCCAGCGGAGAAGAGUCAACUCCUCCCCUACGAUCUGUUUCAUGCGAGGGAGUUUACGGGGUAGAGGCAGAUCUCGGCAACAUCUCAAGCAGUUUCGAGCUCCUUCGCCGCCACAGUCCCUCUACAUUUCCGCAGCGUGGAUCUGUGCGAGAUUGCGACGGAGACGAAAACGGCGAAGGCAAGACAUCGUUCCCUUCUCUUCUACAGUAUGAAGCUCCAGAAACUGCGUGGAGUAGAGCCGACAAGAAAGAUGGAGCUCUUCACGACAACUCAGAGACCCUACGAAAAAGCAUAGUGGAUUCCUACUUCUGGCUGCAUAAAUUGUCCGCCAGUAUCUCAUCUGGAGAAUACCCAAGCGUUGAACUGCUGGUCAGAGGCGUUGAAGAACAGCAACAGCUCAUUCGCGUGGCCCAAACCAUGGAAGAGGAAAGGGAGCAGUAUGUGGAUGCCGUCGCCAAUUUGCACGCCGAGCUACGUUCUGUACGUGACGAGGCGUGUAUCUAUCUUUUGGCCCAUCAACAGCAAGCGACCGAUCUGCAGCAAGAGGCCGACGAUGCGCAUGCAGCCGCGGACUUUUGGCUGGAAAAUCACCUUCGUUUCAUGCGGAAGUGGCAGCGGAUUGGGUAUGGUGCCCUUAUCUAUCUGCCGUCUGCGCGCGUCGUCUCGGAUGAAGACACUUGGAACCAGCAACAGCAAUUGUUUCAGACUGGAGAUCAUUGCCUGAUGAUUGCAGGGGAUUGUGAAAUCGAUCCUCUGGAAUCUCCCGUGGCUUCAGACAGUCCGACAGCGAGAGAUCUAUCUGCAUGCAAAGUGUCCCAGUCGCUUCGAGCGGUGGAUGCUAUAUGUGCAGCCCAGGUGAUUCUCCAUGAUGAAGAAGAGGCAGAAAGUGGAGAAACGCAUGCUUCUGAAGCGGCAGAAGACUUGUCAUGGGCUAUGCCCGAUGAUUUUGUACGCUGUCCUGGAAGUGACAGAGAUUCGAAAAAAGUGGAAAGGGAGUGUUUUCAGAAACGAGACUCAAACAUUGUGGAAGCGGCACGCGGUGUUAACCACGAUUUGCAAGCGGGUUGGCUGCAAAGGCGGGGAGAAAGAAUGCUUUUGUGGUUCCUUGAUUAA